UAAGGCAGCGCUUUCACUUCAACUUCCUUUUCCGGUUUUUCUAUACGAUAUUGGUGAAACACCAUGUCAGAACAGAAAGCACCAACACCUAACCCCCCAAAGAAGUCGGGGAGGUUGUACUGCAAGGCCGUAAUGACUGGCUACAAGAGAGGUCUGCGUAAUCAGUAUGAACACACGGCCCUUCUGCGCAUUGAGGGAGUCACUGAAAUGAAGGAUACUGAAUUCUACCUUGGCAAGAGAUGUGCAUACGUCUACAAGGGAAAACAUAAGACUGCCUGUCCCGGACACGAAAAGGCUAGCAAGCUACGAGUGAUCUGGGGGAAAAUUACCCGCUCCCACGGAAACAGUGGGGCUGUACGCGCAAAGUUCAACAGAAACCUGCCCGCCACUGCCAUGGGCAAGAGAGUCCGAGUGAUGCUGUACCCAUCAAGAAUAUAGAACUGUUAUGCCGUGUACAAAGAAAAAAAAUAAAAAGAGAAAAUAA